AUGGGUGCUACUGCUGACGAAGUUGACAUUCAAGGUCGCUGGAAGGCUCGCUUUUCUGGACGGGUUGUAGAUGCCUACAUUUCGCCUGAACAGCCCUGGAUCGACGCUCGUGUUGCCGAAAAGCUUUGCAUGGGGGCUCCUAUUGCCUACAAGCUACACCCGGAUGCCAGGAGGGUGACUCCCGACUGGUUGAUUGAGCAUGUGGUGCCAAGGACGCAUGCGUUUUACGACGGUGUCAACGACAUUUCGCUUCACUUGGCUCUGCCUCUUUUGUGUGGGCUGCUCUUGACGAAUCUUGGGAGGAGAGAAUGGAGCCUCCCGUUCGUGUAG